AUGCUUACACUUCAGGAAAUUUCCUAUGUUGAGUUCUUAAAAGAGAGUAAAAUAUUCUUCCGGACUCUUCGCCUUCAUAUCCAGAGGUCAGAGAUGAGAUCGGUUUGCUUGUUUGUCGCUGUGGUGCUUGUCGCCGUCCACGCAAAAAUGCAGAAUGUCACCGUCAAGGGGACUACUAUCUGCAAUAAGAAACGAAUGGCUGAUGUAACUGUGGAAUUGUGGGAGAGAGACACCCUUGAUCCCAAUGACCUACUCGACACAAAGAAAACCUCAAAAGAAGGUGAAUUUCUCGUGAAAGGUGGACAAAAUGAAGUCGGUUCAAUCGAACCAUUCUUAAGAAUCACUCACACUUGCAAUGUUAAGAAACCGGGUUGCAAACGAAUCACCGAGUUCGACAUUCCAAAAUCGAAAAUUGAUAGCGUCUACGACAUGACAUAUGUGACGUUGGACAUCAUCUCAGCAGUCGAUAAGGAGAAAUGCUAG